UACCUGAUCGAUCAAACUGAGUUCGAUGGUUGCCUUCUUCCGUGCGAGGGAGCCAGACCCAGUUAUGCACAUUGCCGCUCCUUGGCGCAUCCCUUUUCUUGACUCCGCAGUAGAUUCUGCCUCAGUCAGGACAGGCCACCAACCAUGUUGAAGAGGAGAUCUCUUUCGAUCCCUCUACCCAUUUCCCAGUACGGAAAACAGAGAACAGUCGAUCGAUCAAGAGUAAGCCACGUCGGUUGACAACAGCGCACGGCCAUGGGCGAUACAGAAGAGCUCGAGCUCGGACAAACGAGGAAGAGACUGUCAAUUGCCCUUGUUAAUACUGGGAUUCGAGUCAGGACUGAGUCACUGACAGACAUGCGAAUUGACCCUCUUCAGAAUCAGUGUCGAACCAUCGAGCCAUGUAUGAAUCAUAUUGGUACCAGCAUCGGAACUGUUUCUGGGGGGUUUUCCAUGCAGUCUCAUUGGUGGAAGGCUAGCCGGUUUAGACAUGUUCACAGUGGAUACUUCGUGUCAAUUAAAUACAGUCUGUUGGUUCGAAGCUUCUUCCGAUGCAUAUGGCAUGUCAAUCCGACCAACCAAACAUACCCUGAUCCAGCAGACCUCUUCCUCGCCACCGAUCUCAGGUUAAGAGCGGCUCGGAAAAGUUUUGUCUAUAUCGACGAUCUGAAACUCAAUUCCGAAGCAGAGGGUGGCCUGCAAGUUCCUCGAGUGAGAACCUUCGAGUAUCUUGUGGGGUUCGGCAUCGCUUCAAUCUUCAAGAUACAUGCUACGCAUCCGCACAUCCCGGUUUUACUGGGCUACUCCAUCAAUGAUGAUCGAGGCUUUCGAACGGGUGGAACCACGAACAGCUUCCGAUCAAGGAUAAGAAGCUCAGAAACUAGAAUUUGCGCGCAAAGACAAUAGUAUCGCUAGACUCUUGCGCUCUACCGGUACCUGCUCCCCAGCGCCAACUCGUCAGGACGAUUCGGAGAGAUUCACAGCUUUGCUUCCUUGUCGCGGCUUGAGACCUGAAAUCUGCCUUUCUUUUUUUCUAAAUGCUGCAUAGAGUUAUUGGCAACAACUCGAAGCAGACUGCUCUGAGUCUUGUUCCGGCUUGGAAUCGAUCGGACAGAACGUCAACACUGAGUCGGGGACUUGUAUAUGCGCGCAACAGCAGGGCGAGAAACAUGGUCAAGAAGCUACAGGAUCACCGAGUAUAGCCGUUUCGCCAGCAACCUCC